UGCGCGAUAGCGCAGCCGCGGAGGGGCCGGAGAGCGAGAGUUGAGUCUAUGCUGCCGGAAGAAGGAGGCCAACAACACAAGAGCCUCGGGACGUAUUGGCAAAAAGGUUGCAGCUGAAUAUUGUUACAAAGCAUGGAUGAUGCAGAAGAGGACUACAUGUCUGAUUCGUUUAUUAACAUUAAUCAGGAUGUUAGGCCAGGAAUGCCACUACCAAGACGUGUGAAGGAAACCUUUAAGAAAGAGGAAAAACAAAAGGAAGCCAAUGAGAAGAGCCGGCAGAAAAGUCUAAAAGAGCAGGAAAGAGAGCAGCGUGAGACUGUUUUAAACAUUGCCCUGGGAAAUGAAAAUAAAGGCUUUGCUAUGCUUCAGAAGAUGGGCUACAGAAGUGGACAACCUCUUGGCAAGAGUGGAAAAGGAAUUACCGAGCCCAUUCCUCUGAACAUUACCACAGGUAGAAGUGGGCUUGGCCAUGAAGAAGUGAGAAAACGGAAAGCUGCUGAAAACCUGGAAAGCUACAGAAGAAAAAUGCAUAUGAAGAACCAGAUGGAAAAGCAGACAGCUGAUCUCUUCAAAUUGAGACUGAAGACAGAACAGGAACAACGGCAAAUAAAGCGGGACCUUGUGAAAAGUCAAAAAGCCUGUCAACAAUUAGAUGUACAGAAGGGCCUUGAAUGCCCCAAAGAGAUUUGGUACUGGAUAAGUCCAACAAAUGAAGAAGAAGGAGAUGUGGAAGAAGAGGAAGUGGAGGAGAAAGAAGAAGAACCCAAAGAAUGUGAAAAAUUACAAAUGUUGACAGCUUAUUUAAGAGAAGAUCAUUUUUAUUGUAUUUGGUGUGGAACAGCCUAUGAAGAUCAAGAAGACAUGUCCACCAACUGCCCCGGAGAUACUUUUGCAGAUCAUGAAUGAUUUUCUUAAACAUAAUAGUUUGAACUUCUAAUAGUCUAUGGGUUAAUUUAGAAGACUGUGCAUUUUUAUAGGCUAACAUAUUUUGUGGGAUUUUUGUAUAUUUAAAAACAGAACUACUGUUCAUUGGGAAAUAUAGACUCAAAGAGGCUCCUUCCCAACUCUCGAUAAUAUGAAAACUGUAAAUUAGUAUUGUGCAAUCAGUUGACUGUUACUUGUGUAAGCUGUGUGUUCCUUUCAGAAAAACAAAUAAAGCAGUUAACAAGACUGGA